CAAAAGCAAAGGAGUGGUCAAGCCUUAAAAAAGGACUAAAUUUACAGAGACACAUAUCUCUCUCCCUCCACCCUCCACCUCCUUUUUGAUUUGACACAAAUCCAUUGAAAUUGUACCCUCUCUCUCACACACACACACACACGCACUCACUCUCACCCCAUUAUUACAUCAAAUCCCAUAUUCCUUUUGGGCCUUACUGUGUGUAACUGUGUGUUUUAUCUCCACCACCAACCCAAAUACAGAGCAGAUUCUUUGCCCAAAUUUGUUACUACCCACCAUUUUUCCAAAAGGGGGAAAUUUAAGCAGUGAAUGCAAACAGCCUUUCGUUUACAGUUAGAGAUGGAGCUUAAUGGUGAAAUGAAGGUGUCAAAGUUCAAGAGGAUUUGUGUUUUCUGUGGGAGUAGCCAAGGCAAAAAGAGUAGUUAUCAAGAUGCUGCAAUUGAGCUUGGCAAAGAAUUGGUUUCAAGAAACAUUGAUUUGGUGUACGGAGGAGGAAGCAUUGGUUUAAUGGGAUUGGUUUCACAAGCUGUUCAUGAUGGUGGUCGCCAUGUUAUUGGGGUCAUUCCCAAGACACUCAUGCCUCGAGAGUUAACUGGUGAAACUGUAGGAGAAGUGAAAGCAGUGGCUGAUAUGCACCAGAGGAAAGCAGAGAUGGCUAAGCAUUCAGAUGCUUUUAUUGCUUUGCCAGGUGGGUAUGGAACUCUUGAAGAGCUUCUUGAAGUGAUAACAUGGGCUCAACUGGGAAUUCAUGAAAAGCCGGUUGGCUUGCUGAAUGUGGAUGGGUACUACAACUCAUUACUGUCGUUCAUCGAUAAAGCAGUGGAGGAAGGCUUCAUUAGCCCGAGCGCUCGUCACAUCAUCGUGUCGGCUCCAACAGCUAAGGUUUUGGUUCGGAAAUUGGAGGAGUAUGUUCCAUGCCAUGAAGGAGUUGCUUCAAAGUUGAGCUGGGAAAUGGAGCAGCAACUUGAGUUCACUGACUAUGAUGAUAUCUCUAGAUGAUCAAUGAAAGAAGGAUGUGUGGCAAUUGGGAAAAAAAGGAGCUAACUUUGAAAGGGGGUUUGUUUUGAUUAGAUUUUUGAUGUGAAGGGUAUUGAUCUUUUUUGGUUUUUGUAAAUUAUUGAUGAUGGAAAUGACCUCAAGAACAUGUGGGAAGUCUCUGAUAUGUAACCCCCUUCACUUGCAACUCUGGUUUAUUUCACAGGUUGUAAAGAUAACAUAUAUAUAUAUAUAUAUAGAUAUAUAUAUAAUAU